AUGCCUGAAAUUGACCAAAAAAGUGAUAACAAUGUGACCAUCAAUGGUAGUGAUAGUAAUGGAUCCGAAAAAACUUCUUCAACUUCAACAUCAGUGUUGUUAUCAUCGAAAAAGGAUAAGACAGACGACGACACCAAACGUAUUGUCGAUGAAGGCUUUGUCAGUGACGGUAGCGAAAAACGGAAAGUUGUGGUGCCGUCGAAAAAACCGUCGGUCGCCGGACAGCAUAUCUACGAUAAUAUCGGUAAUACUGUUGCAAAAAAGCUAACACAACCACCGGGUGGUAGUGACACACCUAUCCAAGUGCUACAACAGGUCGACCUUAAAGAUAUUACCAACAAUAACAACCAUACUGUCAAUGGUGUUGUUAGUGGUGGUAAUGGUAACGGUAACAAUGGUGAUAAGCGACUGGCACCGGUACCCAAAGAAAUUUACGGUGAUUUUCCAGUAUCGCCCGUCCGGUUUACUGGUCCGGUAACGCCUGUACAGCGGCUGCAGACAGUGCCUCUGGAGGAGACACAACAGGAGAUACUGAACCAUCACCAGCAGCAGCACCACAAUCAUCAGCGAUCAUCGAAACAGGAAGUACUGGCCCGACAUCCGCUGCCAAAGGAUGCCAACAACAACAACAAACUACUGGAACAGAUACACGUCUCGAUACCGGUUCAACAGUUAGACAUUAUGGCACCGGUACCUGUAUCGCCGGCAUUGCCGGCACCGUUAAAACCGUUGCCACCGAUUGUAGCCACACAUCCGUCAGCUUCAUCGUUAGCGACCAAACCGGUCGGUCUGAAUAACCGAAUAUCGCCGUCACGUUUGCCAAAAGACUCGGUAGCUAAUGGUGGCGGCGGUGGCGGCGGCGGUGCUGCUCAUACACCAAAAACAACAACAAAACCAACUCCUAGUCCCGGCCGGACUACUACUACUACUACUAACGGUAUCGCCAGCCGAUCGGACAGAGUUCCAGUGCCGGCACAAAAACUUGAACCCAUGGGGCCGUCGCCCAGACAAUCGCGUAAGGAUAUGCCGACCAGAAAAGAGUCGAAAAAGUCGACCACAACAACACCAACCGCCGGCGGCGGCGGCGCUUCAAACGAUUCAUCAAUAAUGAAAAGUACGUCCAGAGGUAGCAAAGACAACAAGACUACACCAUCGACAACAACGACGACUCGUAGGUCGACAUCAAAAGAUAGAAGUCUAUCGAAAGACCGAUCGCCCGGCGGCGGUGGUGGUGGUGGUGGUGGACAACGAGCCGGUGCCGGUAGACAACGAAAACAGUCAUCGGCGGCAUUGCUUGACUUUGCCUAUAUGGACGAACCGAUUGCCACGCAUCGGUCAUCCGUCGGUGAACCACGUAAUAAGGCACCGGCCGAUUUCAAUCAUAAACUGAUGGCCCUGUGCCGCAAAGGUGAUUGGGUCGGUGUCGAUACUGUCCUGAAGUAUGCCGUCAAACAUAACAUCGAAGCCGAUGUCCUGUGUGUGUCGGAAAACUCCGGUUGGUCGCCGAUGAUGUUUGCCGUCAAAGACAAUCGCAUACAGAUUGUCGACCAACUAAUCGAGUUGGGCUAUCCGGUCAAUGUUAAAGCAAAGGACGGCAUAACAGCUGUACAUUUGGCCUGUGCUCACGCUAGAGAGGAUACCAUUAGAUUAUUAUUGGUUAACCGAGCUGAUCCAAUGAUACCGGGAGGGGAUAAAAAACAAUUGCCUAUACAUGUGUUGGCCCAGAAACCUACCGGUGCUGUUGUAGUACCCCUACAGCUGAUACUCAAGUCGUGUCCUAAAGAAGUUCGCGUUACACCUGAUUCUGACGGAAAUAUACCGUUAUUUUUGGCACUCGAGUGCGGCAAUCAUGGCGUAUGCAAAGAACUAUUACAAUUGAUGGCCAAAGACCAGACAAACUGGAAACGGGAGUCGACGGGCGAGACGGCCAUACAUUUGGCAAUGAAACGCAAAGAUCUGGAUAUGUUGAGGAUAUUGGUCAACGAGGGCGGCAAUGUUGACGCCAAAAAUGCCGACGGCCAGACAGCUCUACAUAUGGCCGCCAUUAACGGUGAAGAACCGUUUAUUAAAUUUCUGCAUCAAGUAGGAGCCAAUCCUAACAUACAGGACCUACUCGAGCGGACACCGUUGCAUUUGGCUACCGAAAAUGGUCACAUGAAAACGGUAGAUUUUUUGACCGAAAAAUUUAAGGCAUCGGUACAUCAAAGGACAAAGGAUGGCAGUACAUUAAUGCAUUUGGCGUCGGCUGCCGGCCAUCCGGGAACUGCACUGGUAUUCAUGAAAAAGGGUGUCGCUCUGCAUAUGCCUAAUAAGGCCGGUGCCAAACCAAUACAUAUGGCGGCCAGUCGUGGACACGUAGAGGUUGUCAAGUCGAUUGUCGGUAAAGGCGAAAGUGUCGACGCAAAAACAAAUGAAGGCUUUACCGCUUUGCAUAUAGCGGUACAAUCGGGCCACGAAAAAGUGGUCGAAGCACUGCUGGGAAUGGGUGCCGCUGUCCAGUUGACGGCCGGUAAAAACGGUGAAACACCGUUGCAUACGGCCUCGCGUAUUGAAAACGGUAUCAAAUGUGUGGAAAUGCUUAUCAAAAGCGGCGCCCAGAUUAACGCCGUCGAAGAUACCGGUGAAACACCCUUACAUUUUGCCGCCCGCAACGGUUUCAUCGAAACGGCCAGACUAUUGCUUGAAGACAAAGCCAACUCGGGUUUGCAAAACCUGUUGGGCGAAAAUGCGCUGCACGUGGCCAUCAAGGGUUGCCACUAUCCGAUCGUCCAGUCGAUGGUCCAGUACACCAUCGAUACGUUUAGCAAGGAUGAGGCCAAACGGCUGGUUAAUCAAUCAAAUAAACAAGGUGAAAGUUCGGUUCACUAUACGGCCUCAUUGUUGGCCAAAAAUGCCCACUACGUCAACGAGGACAGGGAUCUAAUGAGAUUGUUGCUGCAAACCGGCGGCAAUCCAAUGGCAGAAACAUCUGAAAAAGGAGAAAAUCCUGUCCACUGGUGCUCUAAAUCGGGAAAUACUAAUACAUUGCAAGAAAUUUUAAGUCUAUUACAGCCAAUGGACGCACAGAUAGCCUGCAAUAAACAAGCAAAAAAUGGUUGGCCACCCCUGUUCUACGCGUGCUCUCAGGGACAUGCCGAUAUUAUCAGGAUGCUGCUCAACCAAAACGCCCGGGUAGACGUAUUUGAUGAGAGAGGUCAAGCCGCACUACACAUUGCCGCCGAACUUGGCCACGAGGAAGUAGUGGACAUACUGUUGGCCAGCAAUGCAUUUGUUAACGUACGCAACAAACACGGUAUGACACCGUUGCAUUUGGCCGCCCGAAAAGGUUUCAACUCCAUAGUCAAACAGCUGGUCCUCGAGCACAGUGCCCUACUCGAUGCCUUUACGCUGACCAAACAAACGCCGUUACAUUUGGCCGCCGAAAGCGGACAGUUGGAAGUGUGCAAUACAUUGCUGACAAUGAAAGCCGAUGUCAACGCCACUGAUAAUCACUCGCAAACACCGUUACAUUUGGCCGCCGAACACGACCACUCGGAUGUACUGAAAUUGUUUCUCAAACAUAAUCCCGAACGGCUAUCGGUGCCGAACAAAAACGGCUAUACCUGUGCCCAUAUAGCCGCUGCUAAGGGUUCGGUAGCCGUUAUCAAGGAACUGAUGCGACUCAACCAGGAUUCGGUUAUCAAUGCAAGAAUUUCGAAAACAAAGUCGACAACAUUGCAUUUGGCUGCCGAGGGCGGACACGUAGAAGUGGUACGGGUGCUGCUACAGGCCGGUGCCAAAGCUACCGAUGAGAAUGCCGAAGGUUAUACAGCCUUGCAUUUAGCGGCCAAAAAUGGUCACAUCAAAGUGCUUAGUGCACUCAAGGAACAGUCGACAGCCCACUGGAAAGUGUGCAGCCGUAGGAUUGGUUUGACUGCACUUCACGUAGCGGCCGCUUUUGGACAGGCAGAUUUUGUCGGCGAAAUGCUGACCCAGGUGCCGGCAACCAUCAAAAGUGAACGGCCACUAAUUGAUCCCAGCGGUGAUUACGGCAUUACACCAUUACAUUUGGCCUCGCAGUCGGGCCACGAAGGAGUGGUACGGCUAUUGCUCAACAGUCAAGGUGUUACCGUUGAUACGCCUACCGAAGUUGUGGGAACAAUACCUAUGCAUUUGGCUGCACAGGGUGGCCACUUGUUGGUGGCCGGACUACUGAUUAGCCGUACAACCGAACAACUAUAUCGGGCCGAUAAAUACGGUCGAACACCAUUGCAUUUGGCUGCUUCAUAUGGACAUCGCGAUAUGGUUAACCUGUUACUGGGACAGGGAGCCCAGAUUAAUACACAAGAUAAUAGAGGAUGGUCACCAUUACACUACGCCAGCCGACACGGCUUUCUGGAAGUCGUUCAGCUGCUUAUGGACAGCGGUGCCGAUCCGACACUGCGGGCCAAAGACGGCCGGGUGCCGCUGUGCUGUGCUGCCGGUGCCGGACAUUUUCAAGUACUCAGCUAUCUGUUCAAGAAAGAGCAUAACGCCCUGAGUCUUAUGGAAGACAAAUCGUUUCUAUUGGAUCUGAUGGUCUGUUCGAAACAACACGAAAACAAACCCAUCCAAGAGUUUAUACUGGUAUCGCCGGCACCCAUCGAUACCGCUGUCAAACUGGCCAAAUGCUACGAAAAUCUAUCGCAAAAAGAAAAAGAUCGUACCCGCGAUCUUGAGGCUGCCUGCGAAUACUGUGACCAGAUUGCCACGGAUCUGCUAUCGAUAGCCGCAACCACCAACAAUGCUGGCCGAUUGUUGCGAUCAGUUGACCAUAAAGGUACCGAAUUUCUGGACGUCCUUAUUGAACUUGAACGCAAAGAUGUCGUCUCCCAGCACGCUGUCCAACAAUAUCUGACCAACGUAUGGAUCGGUAAUAUGAAAUGGGCAGGGUGGAAAUUUUUGGUACUAUUUUUUUCGUUUCUGGUCUGUCCCCUGAUCUGGAUAAUCGUUUCGUGUCCUAUCGGCAACCGAUUGUCCAACAAACCGAUCAUCAAAUUUAUGCUAUAUCUAGUAUCGCAUAUAUUUUUCAUUGUUAUCCUAACGUUUACAACGGUCAACCCGUGGCUACCGCUGUACAAAAAUACCAGUCAAUGGCCACAUUGGCACGAAUGGUUGCUGGCCACUUUUGUUCUCGGCGUUUUUCUGGCCGAAAUUACCAAUCCGGCCGAUCGGGAUGGUCUCGGAGGUAUCAAAGUAGUCGUAGUAUUUGUCUGUUUUAUUGCCGUUAUUGUCCAUUUUGCGGCCAUCGUAUCGACGCUGUUCCAGUUGUUUGAUGAAGAACAACGACUGGUGAUGUUAUACUGUCGUAAUCAGUUGCUGGCGGUGGCACUCCUUCUAUCAUUCCUCGAGUUUUUGAAUUUCCUAACAUUUCAUCAUCUGUUCGGGCCGUGGGCUGUCAUCAUCCGGGAUCUGAUCAAAGAUCUGCUAAGAUUUUUGGCCAUUUUGGGCAUAUUUAUGGUCGGUUUUUCCCUACAUGUCUGUGCCAUCUAUCAGCCAGUAUUCCAACCGCCCGACACUAUCAACGGUACGCUGCCGUCGGUUGGCCAAGAAUUUCAGUCACCGCUGGAUACGUUUGAAAUGCUAUUCUAUGCCCUGUUCGGACUGGUCGAACCCGACUAUAUGCCGCCCAUGCACCUGUCGCCGCCGAUUGCCAAAAUUAUUAUGAAACUAGUAUUCGGUAUCUAUAUGAUGGUCACGGUAGUCGUAUUGAUAAAUUUGUUGAUUGCUAUGAUGUCCAAUACCUAUCAGCGCAUACAGGCCCAGUCGGAUACUGAGUGGAAGUUCGGUAGGGCUAAGCUGAUCCGUAAUAUGAACCUAACAUCGCCGACACCGUCGCCGAUCAACGUAUUCAUCGGUAUACCGUAUAUGAUCUACCAGAAGAUGGAACGGUUGAGGAAUGAACGUAAAGGACGGGUCGGUUUGGCUACGGCAGCGCUGGCUCAUCGGCCCAGUGUUGUCGCUACCAAGCAAUGGCUGGUCGGCCAGCGUCGGGCAUCCCGGGCGACCAGUCAUAUGUCACGUACGUUGGGGCCGUCGAUGACCGAAGAGGGUGAAGCACCGAAACCCAUAACCGAAGUUAUCAAUUGGCCGUCGAUUGUCAAAAAGUAUUUGGAGUUUAUCGGUGCUAUCGGUGUCGGCGGCGAAGAAACUGAAGACAAAGACAACGAAAACAACGAGAAUGAGGACAACAAAAGUGAAAGCAAUGUUUGA